AUGGUGGAAUCAGCUUUUCAGUCCGAGUCACAAUGGUUGUCUCAAGUGGCUGCCAUGAGGCAGGCCAUCGCCGACCUGAAAUUGCCUCCCUUGAACGACGCCUCGCAGAUGUACGGAUCUGACAUUGAUCUCGAUGAUGAGGACUUGAGUGAAGGUCUGGACGAUGAUAUCUGGGACGUGGAAAGUGCUGUGGAUGAGAGUCCUGCUAGCGAUGUCUUCGACGAGCCCGUAAACGGGUUCAAGACCUCGGAUGUCGUUGAUGGCUCUUUCAAUAGAUCCUGGUUACGCAGCAAAUGUGAUACAUUUGCGCGCGCAAGAUCUGGGCUUGACGCUACUGAUCUCGAAGGACAGAUCGUUGCUCUCCUCGCGUCAGACAGCUCCGACGACGAACUACAAAUGUCUCUUGCCGAUAUUGUCGGAUACGACGCCCUCGAUUUUGUCAUCGAGCUCAUUUCUCAUCGCAAAGAGAUCCUAGCUGCUCCUACAGGCGCCAGCCAUCAAACGGAUGGACUAUUUGCUGAGCUCGAGACUCGUCAGGAGCGGGAAGCCGCUUUAAAACGACAGGAUCAUGAACAUAAACAUGCGACUCUUCUUCCUGCUUAUGAUCGCACCGAACGAAAAUAUCCUCAUGUUUACAAGUCUGAGACGGCCGCAACUGGAAAUAUGGUCGAUAUCUCUGGAAAGAAGUACGGUUUCCCUGUGGGCACCACCAGGAACGACUAUCCAAAGUACGAAGAAUUCACCAUUCCGGCCGCAAAGGUUGGUACUUUAGCUGCGGGCCGCAAACUAGUGAAUAUCGACGAAAUGGAUGGCCUCUGCCAACGAACAUUCAAGGGAUACAAGAGUCUCAACCGCAUGCAGAGCCUGCUUUAUCAAGUAGCAUACACAACUUCAGAAAACAUGUUGAUCUGUGCUCCGACUGGUGCUGGUAAGACAGAUGCUGCCAUGCUGACCAUCCUGCAAACCAUCUCCAAGAACAUCGUUCCAAACCCUAUCGAAGAACCCACUGCUACCGACUUCACAGUCAUGGCUGACGAUUUCAAAAUCAUAUACGUCGCCCCAAUGAAAGCUCUCGCAGCUGAAGUGACGGGAAAAUUGGGCAAGCGUCUGGCAUGGUUGGGCAUUCAGGUGCGAGAGUUGACGGGCGACAUGCAACUCACCAAGCGUGAAAUUGCCGCCACUCAGAUUAUUGUCACCACUCCUGAGAAAUGGGAUGUUGUGACUCGAAAGAGCACAGGUGAUACUGAGCUGGUACAGAAGGUUCGACUUCUCAUCAUCGAUGAAGUGCACAUGCUGCACGAUGAUCGCGGCGCGGUCAUUGAGUCAUUGGUGGCAAGGACUGAACGACAAGUCGAGAGUACGCAGUCAUUGAUCAGGAUUGUUGGUUUGUCCGCCACCCUUCCUAACUAUGUUGACGUCGCAAAAUUCCUCAAGGUCAAUCUCAAUGCCGGCUUGUUCUACUUUGACGCUUCCUUUCGACCCGUCCCGCUUGAACAGCACUUCAUUGGUGUCAAGGGCAAAGUGGGAAGCAAGACCCAAAGAGAGAAUCUUGACCAUGUGACUUUCGAGAAGAUCAAGGAGCUUCUCAAAGAAGACAAACAGGUCAUGGUUUUUGUCCAUUCAAGAAAAGAUACGGUCCUGGCCGCUCGAACACUCUACACCAUGGCCGUUGACGACGGUUGUGUCGAGCUAUUCGUCCCCAGUCCCGACGAUCCCGCAUAUUCCAGAGCCAUGACGGACUUGAAAACGACACGCGGACGCGAGCUUCGUGACAUCGUUCCGAAAGGAUUUGGUUGCCACAAUGCUGGUAUGGCACGAUCCGAUAGAAAUUUCGUCGAGAGAAUCUUCGCCGACGGUGCUAUCAGAGUGCUUUGUUGUACUGCCACACUGGCGUGGGGUGUCAACCUUCCAGCCGCUGCGGUGAUCAUCAGAGGAACUCAGCUGUAUAGUGCCGAGGCCGGCAAGUUUGUUGAUCUCGGCAUCCUGGAUGUGCUGCAGAUUUUCGGUCGAGCAGGCCGUCCUCAGUUCCAGGACAGUGGUAUCGGGUAUAUCUGCACCACACAAGACAAAUUGCAGCACUAUCUAUCUGCGGUCACCCAGCAGCGACCCAUAGAGUCGAGAUUCGCCCGGAAGCUGGUCGACAACCUCAACGCGGAGGUCAGUCUGGGUACCGUAACUUCCGUGCAAGAGGGCGUCACCUGGUUGGGUUACUCGUACCUUUUUGUUCGAAUGCGACAAAAGCCAGAAGCCUAUGGGAUCGACUGGAACGAAUAUCAAGACGAUCCCCAACUCUUCCAACGUCGACGCAAACUCAUUGUCGAAGCCGCCCGAACUCUGCACCGGAGUCAAAUGAUCAUUUUCAACGAACGCACCGACGAGCUUCGAGCCAAGGAUGUCGGCCGCAUCGCCAGCCAGUACUACGUCCUGCAGACCAGUAUCGAGGUUUUCAAUACCAUGAUGCGACCGCAGGCCAGUGAGGCGGAUGUCUUGAAGAUGAUCAGUAUGAGCGGCGAGUUUGACAAUAUCCAAGCGAGAGAGAAUGAAGCCCAGGAGUUGCAUCGAUUGCGUCAAGAAUCCGUGCCGUGCGAGGUAGAGGAAAGAAAUCCUGCCACUCAGGGUUCAAAGGACGAAAAAGAGCAGAGAGUCAUUGAGAACCAUGCCAAAACCAAUAUUCUGCUCCAAUCGCACAUCUCUAGAGCGAAGCUCGAGGACUUUGCUCUCGCUUCGGAUUUGGCAUACGUCGCGCAAAACGCGGCCAGAAUCUGUCGAGCAUUGUUUAUGAUUGCCCUCAACCGCGGCUGGGGCUACCAAUGUCAGGUGUUGCUCGCCAUGUGUAAAGCCAUUGAGAAGCAAAUAUGGCCUUUCCAACAUCCUUUUCACCAAUUCGAUCUGCCUUUGUCGGUACUGAAGAACUUGGAUGAGAAAACCCCGUCCUCAAACAUCGAGAGUCUACGGGAGAUGGAGCCGGCCGAAAUUGGAAGUCUCGUACAUAACCAUAAGAUGGGCAACACGAUAUCGAAACUUCUCGACAACUUUCCCACUCUGUCUGUUGAGGCUGAAAUAGCUCCGCUCAACCGAGAUGUGCUCCGAAUGAGACUGUAUCUAUACCCGGAGUUUGUGUGGAAUGACCGCCAUCAUGGUACCUCUGAGUCGUAUUGGGUUUGGGUGGAAAACUCGGACACGGCUGAAAUUUAUCAUCACGAGUACUUCAUUCUCAGUCGCCGAAAGAUGCAUGAUAGCCAUGAGCUCAAUUUCACGAUACCUUUGGCCGACCCGCUACCAUCACAGAUCUAUGUUAGAGUCAUAUCUGACCGAUGGGUCGGUGCAGAGACGGUUCAGCCAGUUUCCUUCCAACACCUUAUCCGCCCAGAUACUGAAAGCGUUUACACUGACCUGCUCGAUCUGCAACCACUUCCUAUCACUGCUCUGAAGAAUCCGCAGCUUGAGGAAUUGUAUGGCCAACGAUUUCAGUUCUUCAACCCCAUGCAAACUCAGAUCUUCCAUACUCUCUACCACACCUCCAACAAUGUCCUUCUGGGCUCACCAACUGGUUCUGGCAAGACCGUGGCGGCCGAGUUGGCAAUGUGGUGGGCAUUCCGUGAUCACCCAGGAAGCAAAGUGGUCUAUAUUGCUCCGAUGAAAGCCCUGGUUCGGGAGAGAGUCCAAGACUGGCGCAAACGACUGGCUCUGCCCCUUGGCUUGAAGCUUGUCGAGCUGACGGGUGACAACACUCCGGACACUAGGACGAUCCGAGAUGCGGAUAUUAUCAUCACUACGCCUGAAAAGUGGGAUGGUAUCUCCAGAUCGUGGCAGACCAGAUCUUACGUCCGACAGGUCUCCCUGGUGAUCAUCGACGAAAUCCAUCUUCUGGGUGGUGAUCGUGGACCAAUUCUGGAGAUCAUUGUGUCUCGAAUGAACUACAUUGCAACCCAAGCCGAGGCGGGCUCGAUUCGGUUGGUUGGAAUGUCCACCGCCUGUGCCAAUGCCACCGACCUGGGCAAUUGGUUGGGGGUGAAGCCUGGGAACAAUCAAGGUCUCUUCAAUUUCCGUCACAGUGUUCGACCUGUUCCGUUGGAGAUAUACAUCGACGGUUUUCCUGAACAGCGUGGGUUCUGUCCUCUGAUGCAGAGCAUGAAUCGACCAACGUAUCUGGCCAUCAAGAAUCACAGCCCUGAAAAGCCCGUCAUUGUCUUUGUGGCUUCCAGAAGGCAGACCCGUCUGACUGCUAAGGAUUUGAUCAACUUUUGUGGUAUGGAAGAAGACCCCAGGAGAUUUUUGCAUUUCGACUCGGAAGAUGACCUGCAACAUACGCUCGCUGCUGUCAAAGACUCCGCGCUCAAGGAAGCCUUGAGUUUCGGUAUUGGUCUGCAUCAUGCUGGGUUGGUUGAAUCUGAUCGGACCAUGGCCGAACAACUCUUCGCGGCGAACAAGAUCCAGAUCCUCGUCGCCACUUCGACCCUAGCAUGGGGAGUCAAUCUCCCGGCCCAUCUCGUCGUGGUCAAGGGCACACAAUAUUUCGACGCCAAGAUCGAGGGCUAUAAGGACAUGGAUCUGACUGAUGUCCUGCAGAUGCUGGGCCGAGCUGGAAGACCACAAUUCGACACGUCGGGUAUUGCUCGCAUCUUCACCCAGGAUUCCAAGAAGGCGUUCUACAAGCACUUUCUGCAUACUGGAUUUCCUGUCGAAAGUUCUCUCCACAAAGUGCUGGACAACCAUCUGGGCGCCGAAGUAUCUGCCGGCGUCAUCACCACGAAACAAGACGCGUUGGACUAUCUGACGUGGACGUUCUUCUUCCGCCGUCUACACAAGAACCCCACCUACUAUGGUCUGGAGAUUUCGGCCGAGGAGCACAAAGAAAACCAGCUCGAGGCAAGGCAACAGGCUGCAGAUUACAUGGUGACUCUGGUGGACAAGUCGCUAGAUGACCUUGCCGAAAGUGAAUGUGUUCUUGUGCACAGCAACGGGGAUGUCGACAGCACUCCGUUUGGCAAGAUCAUGUCAUACUACUAUCUCAGCCACCUGACCAUCCGCAAAUUCUUGUCCAAGGCUCGCAAGGCGCCAACCACUACCUUCGCGGACGCGUUGGCUUGGAUCAGCCUUGCCACCGAGUUCGACGACCUUCCUGUGCGACACAACGAAGAUCUGAUCAAUGCCGAGCUGGCCAAGAACCUUCCCCUCGAUACACCAGGUCUGCUCGACGGGUUACCGCUUUGGGAUCCGCACGUGAAAGCGUUCCUUCUCAUUCAAGCCUUCAUGUCUCGAGUUGACCUUCCCAUCAGCGACUAUGUCGGUGACCAGACUUCUGUGCUGGAUCAAGGCAUCCGUAUCAUUCAAGCCGGCAUCGACGUCAUGACCGAACUCAACAAGUUCGACGCCGUGGUUCAGAUGGUCCGACUGCUGCAAUGCAUCAAGAGCGCACGCUGGCCCGAGGAUUAUCCCCUGAGCAUCCUACCGGGCAUCCAUGAGAUCCUGGACGCUAAGCUGGAGGGUAAGGUGCCCAAAGACCUCAACACCACCGCGGUCCUGGCUAGCAGGCAUGGAAUGAAGACGAUAGACGGGCUGUUGAAUGUGUUCGGACUCAGAUCGCCCAAUGUCCGCACGCAAUUCGUCAAGGCUGUCAAUGCACUGCCUGACAUCACCCUGACCGCCAACGGAGACACGGAAGUCCUACAUUUGACCAUGAAGCGUGGGAAUCGACUCGUCGACCCGGAGGCGAGGAUCUAUGCGCCUAAGUUCCCCAAGCCGCAGACUGAGGGCUAUUUUGUCCUUGUUCUUCCUGCGGGUGGACAGUCUGAUAUCCUGGCGCUGAAGCGGGCCAAUUGGACUACGACCAAGAAUAGGAGGCAAGGCGCGGGUUCAUCUCAUCAGAGUAGAGCGUUACAGGUCAGCAAUGUCAAGCUCAAGAUUCCAGUGUCGGAGACUGUCAAUGUCGGUGGUCCAGAUCAAUCUGCGGUGGUCGGGGCAGGAGAGGUUGGAGUGGACAUUGUUGUCAUGAGCGAUGCGUAUCCCGGGAUGGAAUGGCGACUGGACAAUGUCAGGGUGCCGGUUACGAAGCCGAAAGCCGUAGACACGGUCCAAGUCGAGGUUGAUGAGAGUUUGGAGAAGAAGAAGAUGAAGCAGGCAGCAUAG